AUGAAAUUAUUGAUUUUAUCCGUUUUGUGCAUUUUCGUUGUCAACGCUAAAAUUGAGCAUGUUAAAGAGAAAGCAUCGGAAACUCAUGCAAAUCCGAAAAAAGUCGAAGUCAAAGAUGCACCCGAGCAUAAAGUUAGCAGAGAAAAAUGUAAGUUUUUUUAAUUACAGUUUUCCCAACAGAAAAAUGAGUUGAAAUAUAUUUCAGUUAUGGAGGAUUUGAGAUUUCGACGAGUUCAACAUGCCGAUGCAAUUCGUGGUUUGAAAAUUGUUUCGGAUGAUAAAAUAAAUGGAUUUUUGGAUGAUGUUGUGAAAAAUAUUCAAAAAAUAUUGAAUGAACAUCGAGAUAUUAUUGGAAGAAUCACAAUUAUUGAAAAAAGUCAAAUUCCGGAUGAAGAAAAAAAUCAAGAUUCACUUUUGAAAGUUUUGGAAAACGCUGCAUUCUUCGCUGAUCUUUCCCUGGCUUAUCCAAAAUAUUUCGAGAAAAUUUUGAAGAAAAACUUGAAGUUGAAAACUCUUAUUGUGUGGGCUUAUCAUUAUUCGACAAAAACUGAAUUAUUUGAUGAAGCGACUUCUAAACAAGUUAUGAAAAUGGCACAAAAAUAUGGAAUAAUUGAAAAAUCGAAAAAGGAACAGGAGAAGGAUGAUUUGGAGAAAAAAUCAGAAGAAAAAAUUAAGAAACGAAAAGAAGAAAAAGAAAAACAACGAAAACCUGAGAAAAAACAACCAAAAGGAGAAUUAUAA